AAGGGCUCUGCCUCUGACAUCUGGCACUGAGACCCCGAUCCCCAGCAUGGGACACGGAACUGACGACAUCCCCAGCAUGGGACACGAAACUGACGACAUCCCCAGUGGCCAGCUACAGCACGGUGGAGGGAUUGAAAGAACCCACCCCUACUGGACACAACAGGAUUGAAAAAAAAAAAAAGGAGUGAGGGAGAUCACUGCUGGACUUUCUUUCAAAUGAGACAUUGCCUUGCUUACAUGCAUACUGUUACUCUGUACUACUCUCAGUACUCCAACUACUGUACCAGUUGGAACAUUCCGGUCUGAGUGUCAUGAGCGUCACUUCUGGCUGUUUGUCAGGUCUGGCCCCAUCCUUGGCCCUAUGAGCCGAUUCGACGUUCAAGACCACCAGGGAGUUCACUUCCUGUCUGGCCGAAAGGCCACAGAGUGUGGCUACACCAUGCUCUUCAAUCACCAUGGAGACCUGGUGUUCCGUGCCUCAUUCCUCGCCUGCCACGUCAACAACCAGGGGGACUCGGAGUUCCGUCUGAAGGUGUGGUUGGUGACCCGGCAGGUGAAUGGGAGGGACCUAGGGUACCCAUUCCUGCUCCACUGCUCAGCCCAGUGGCCCUGGGGCUUCCGGGAGCUCGUCUGUGAGGAGAGCUACAUGGAGGUCUCCAUAAAGGGACCGGUCCCAGCUGCAUUACACUCUGGGCAGAAGAAAAAGGAGGUGGGAAAGAGAGGCAUGAUGUUCCACAGACCAGGCCACACCAAGGAGGAGGUUAGACCCAGGACCAUGACGGAGGCCAGUGCCCUGGGCUACCACAUCUCUGAGUCAGGCUCCAGGAUUAUACUGCGCUGUCCCUACUCCUCACCCCUCUCCUACACCAUCAAGGAGAAAGGGGUGGAGUUGGAGGUGGUCAAUGCUACCAUCCUGUACCCACAUCAAGGGAAGGUCCUUGCCAUCGAUGCCACAGUGGCCUGCUCCAUGAAUGAGGCGACAGUGGAUGGUGCCCACCUGCUCUGGCCUGUCCCCCAUGUCCUCUCCCCGCUGGUCCAUGGGAGGUUCAGGGACAGGGGCAUGAGAAUAGGGGUGGAGACGCUAGCCCUGAAUGAGUCUGUGAUCAAGGACAGGGGGUAUGAGAUAAGCCUGAGGGAUGGAGUGGUGGAGGUCAGCGUUCCAUUCGGAGCCGAAGGAACACACGUUAAGAGUGGUGUGUUGGAGGGCCAGUACAGCCAGUCUCUGUCUGUAGACCUGUUCUACAUGCACCAGUGGGAGGAUGACCGGUGGCCCCUCACCCAGCAUCGCUCCUUCAGGUUCCUCAAGACCGCCUACGUCCCCCGGACCCCCACACUCACAGACAACACCAUAUCGUCCCAGAAGGUGUUCUCUGUCUCCCUGGGUGUGUUCCCUCCUGACGUGUCCCUCCACAACGUCACCGGGGGAUGUGAGGGGGACACUUUGUCCUGGGUCCAGGUCCCCUACCCCAACGGGUCACAUUCCUACCAGCUUCAUGCCCCCUUCUCACACCCCUCCGUUCUUCAGAAGUAUGUUGAUGGGGGCUAUAGGAGGUACACCCUCCCUCUCACCUUUUCCCUGACAAUCUCACCCAAUGGAGAGGUCUUCUACCAUAAUGCCACCAUUGUGAGUGAUGUUCAAGAGCAGACAGCACCAGAACCUCCCAGGCUGGAGGGUAAGUGCACAGAGAGGGGCCUCCUGAUGCUGCUGCACUAUGGGGCCCAGGAGCGGAGAUGGGAGCUCUUCCUUGGGGACCGCCGGCUGGACUGGGAGCUAGUGGAAAUGGGGGGCUUCACCGUGGAAACAGAAGAGGACUACUUUAGUGUGGAGAUCCCAUUCUAUAGUCCGGCCAUGACCUAUGAGGAAGUGAGUUUGCAGGGUGUUGUUGGCCGGCUGGAGGUCAGUGUGGUGGACAUAGACACACUCAAGAUGGAGAACAGCCUCAUCCAUCGCUGCACCUUCCGUGUCAGAGAGUUACUGGUGUGCUUACCAGAGGGGAGGAUGGUUGUAGUGACUGAUACGUCACGUACCAUCCCGCCCACCCAACCAAAACGCACCACCCUUUUGGACCCCAGCUGUGUCCCCCAAGAGACGGACAGCGUCAGGGCCCUAUUCAAUUUCUCCCUGGAUUCCUGUGGUACCAUUGCGACCGUUGAGGGGAAUUUCCUAAUAUAUGAGAACCAGGUGCUGUACCCCAAAGAACUUAUCACCAUGGAUGACCCCCCCUUCCACAGAGACUCCCCUUACAGGCUGACCAUCCAGUGCCGCUACCCUGCCAUCGACACCGGCAUUGUCUCUAUUGAACACCCUGUAAAUCCAACCUUUGCCCUCUCACCUAUGCUGCCUCUUAAACACACUCGAAGGGAGGCCUCCCGCAGUGGGCAGUAUGUGGCAGUGGUGUGUGUGGCGAUUGUUGUGAUGGGAGCUAUAAUUGCUGCUACAGUGAAGAUGCUCUGUUGCCCAAUAAAAAUGUAAAACACA